GAAGAGGUUGAGAGAGAAAUUUCCUUUGUAUAUUAUAUAGUAGAAGCUACUGAAAGAACUCAUCUGAAGAAGGUGGAUACUGAGAAAUUGCAGAAAUGAUCUCUCAGUUUUUUGUGUUAUCGCAGAGAGGCGAUAACAUCGUCUUCCGUGAUUAUCGUGGUGAUAUACCUAAAGGGAGUGCAGAAAUAUUCUUCCGUAAAGUUAAGUUUUGGAAUGCAGAUGGCGAAGAGGAGGCGCCCCCUGUCUUUAAUGUUGAUGGAGUGAACUACUUCCAUGUGAAAGUUGCGGGGCUGUUGUUCGUUGCAACCACAAGAGCCAAUAUCCCACCUUCUCUUGUUUUCGAACUAUUACAAAGGAUUGCCCGUGUUACCAAAGACUACCUUGGAAUUCUAAAUGAAGAUUCACUGCGGAAGAAUUUUAUACUUGUUUAUGAGUUGCUUGAUGAAGUUAUAGACUUUGGUUAUGUACAAACAACAUCAACAGAGGUAUUGAAGUCCUUUGUGUUUAACGAACCCCUUCUCAUUGAUGCUGCACGAUUACCUAAUCUGGGCCCUGCUUCCAUCUUUAUGCAAGGGAACAAAAGAAUGCCAGGUACAGCUAUCACCAAAUCAGUUGUAGCUAAUGAACCUGGUGGCAAGAAGAGGGAGGAGAUAUUUGUGGAUAUAAUUGAGAAAAUAAGUCUGACAUUCAGCUCAAGCGGAUAUAUAUUGACUUCGGAGAUUGAUGGCACUAUUCAAAUGAAGAGUUAUCUUACUGGCAAUCCAGAGAUUCGUCUAGCGCUUAAUGAGGACCUGAGCAUUGGAACAGGGUCGAGAUCAAUAUAUGAUUACAGUGGGUCUUCUGGAUCAGGAGCAGUUAUUUUAGAUGAUUGUAAUUUCCAUGAAUCUGUACAUCUUGAUAAUUUUGAAGUGGAUAGAACUCUCUCUCUGGUGCCUCCUGAUGGUGAGUUCCCUGUCAUGAACUACCGAAUGACACAGGAAUUUAAGCCACCUUUUCGCAUUAAUGCUUUAAUUGAAGAAGCUGGACAACUGAAGGCUGAAGUGAUUCUGAAAGUACGUGCUGAAUUUUCUUCGAGCAUUACUGCAAACACAAUUCAAGUACAAAUGCCACUGCCAAAGUAUACUUCCAGGGUUCAUUUUGAAUUGGAACCUGGUGCAGUUGGACAAACAACAGACUUUAAAGAGUCCAAUAAAAGACUAGAAUGGAGUCUGAAUAAAGUUGUCGGUGGGUCUGAAAACACACUUCGGGCAAAGCUGACAUUUUCCCAGGAAUCGCAUGGAAAUCUUACCAAGGAAGCUGGUCCGGUUAAUAUGACAUUUACCAUACCAAUGUAUAAUGCCUCGAGACUUCAGGUGAAGUAUUUGCAGAUAGCUAAUAAAUCGAAGGCGGCGUAUAAUCCUUACAGAUGGGUGAGAUAUGUCACUCAGUCUAACUCAUAUGUCGCCCGAUUAUAAGGUACUUGCUAUUUUACAACUUUGCGUUUUUUAAUUUUAUUUUUAAAUAACGCCGAAAUGUUGAGUUUUGUUUUCUUUAUUAUAUGUAUACUUGCCCUUGAGCCCAAACUCAGUUUUUUUUUUCUCUGUAAUAAGAAAUUGAAAUUGAAGGAACCAUUGUUGUAACUUGUAACUUUAUUCAACUUGUUUGAUUUU